AUGAAGUUUUUCACCGGAGACGAAACAGGGCUAAUUAAAGAGAUACUGAUACCGCGGAAAUCCCAACAAAAGGAGGCAUCACCGCCGAUAACAAAGACAUGGGGAAAAAUCGAUCGAAAUAAUGAAGUACAAUUAAUACAUCAAGCAGAUAUUCUGGGGGAAAAAAAUCAGAUUAUAGUUGCACGCAAAAACGGAGUGAUAGAAGUAUUAGAUCCAAAACAAGAUGGAAAAGUGCGCAAGAAUUUCACCGAGAAAUUAAUGGGAGGAGAUGCAAAGAAUGACACACGAUUCGUUGGCUUAUUCGCGUAUGACAACACUUUGGUGACAUGUGUCGACAAGGGCAUCGUUAGGUAUCAUAACAUCGCUGAGGAUGACUCGUCAUCAACAAAUAAAACCAUUACCAUCACGCCGGACCUGUGCCGUUUAAGGGUUCAUCCUAAAGAAAAUAAUAUAUUUGCUUGCGGUGGAAAAGAACGUGAGUUGUCUGUAUGGGAUGUAAAUGCUUGCAAUGAAACAGUCACUGUUGCGAAAAACAAAAAAGAGACUGGUUUG